AUGGCUUUCGUUACUUUAUCCGUGAAAAUGCUCAACGAAAAGACGGAGAAGACUAUCGAGGUGACAUUUUCUCGAGGAGUAGUGGUUUUUGUUCCAUUGACUGGGUUCAACACUUUUUUUUUCUAGUACCCGUAAUGGUCUUGAACUUUGGAAUUUCAGCUACCCGUACAGUCGACCGUGAAAGUUUUGCACGAGAAGGUUUCUGAAAUCUUCGACCUUCCGACCACUUCGUUCAAGUUGUUGAACGGAGGAAAACCAUUGAAAAGUCGGUUUCCGAUUAAUUUUCUUCUAUGAUGAAGAGUUCGAAAUUUCCCAAACUCCGGUUCGUUUUCGAAUAUCUAGGGAAUAAAAGGACAAGAGGAGCCAAAUAUGAUUGAUUUCGACGAAUCGGCUGACGGCAAAAAUUAAUUGCCUGUCCACCAAAUAUUUUGAAGAAGGAAAUUAAUGGACUUCUAUUGGCUGAGCUGACUUUAUGAAGAAAGAAAGAUUUCUUUUUUCCAAAGAAAUCAUGUUUCCAUUGAGAAACCAAAACUUAUUUUGAGCGUAAUCUGAAAUUUUCAAUUUCUAAGAUGAGGAAACGCCGUUCAAGCUCGCUGGCAUUGAAAACGGCGCCAAACUGACCGUUAUGAUUUUUAGUAAGGUGGGUGUUUCUUUCCUCUCAUUUUCGAUUUCUUCGAAACAGUUCUUGAAUUUUCCUAUCAACUCUACCUUUUGGCUCAUUCUCCUAAGUGGCUCAGUUUUCUUUUCCUAAAACACAAAUAAGGUCCUUUGAAGUUUUUUUCUAAUUUUUUUUUUGCUGGGAGGUCUAGAUUCCCGUUGAUUUCAUAGAAUUGCUAUUUUUUACUUCAUUAAACAGGGGACUCUCCGUCAAAACUAAAAACGUUCUUGUUUUUUUUUCGGGAAUAUCAAACUUUGAUAGGCCAUACACAUGAAGUAGGCAAUUUGGCUGACCCCAGACCCACGUUUAUGACCUCUCAGCGCCUUGUCCGCUAAUUAACUCUUUGAAUAUUGUUCAGUUGCCAUUUUUAGCGACUUCUCUAUUCAUUUUGUACAUUCAUAGAAUGUGAAAGCCGUAUCAAGAAUAUAAGAGCUUCAGCUUCAACCCGAGACUCUCAACGAACUGGAGAAACACGUCGCCGAAUUGGCCGGCGAAGAUCCGAAGAAAAAGUUGCUGGCGGUCCUUCGAGUUCGGAAAGUGAGUUUGGCAUGAUUUCCUCUGGCUUCAGAGGCUUUCCUGAUAUGUUCAUCUUCGUUUCUCAAGAUUUUAUCGAUAUUGCUGUAGUCAAUGUGUUUUUCAAAAAUAAUUACUCUCAAUAUAAAAAAAUCAGAAAUUAAUUAAAAAGAAAACAAAAAAAUGUCGAUCUUUUAAUGUUUUUUUCUAAUAUUUUUCUGAUAGACACCAUAUUUGACCAUAAAAGGAUUCGAUUCCAAAAAUUGCGGUGUUAGUAAUUGUCGCGAACCACUCUUCAUCCUCGCAAAUGAGAUCAGAAAAUUUUUUCGGUGAAAUCACUCGACCGUUAACUUCUUCUGCGUUACUGAUGUCAUGGUGGAAGUCGACGGGAGUAGCUUUGUUGGAAGAAUAUUUGUUUCUGUCUUUCAUGACAAUUCCUAAUCAUAAAUGAAUUGAAAGAAUUUUUUUUUUGAAUUUUUCGAACAGUUAAGGUAGAAUCUGGUUUCUCCAUCUUGCAAAAUUCUGUAGUUCUAUGUGACUUUUCGAUUUGACGGCGCGAACAAUAGACUUAUAAGAUUUCCUAACUCGAAAAUUUUUCAAUUUUUUUAUUUUAUUUCAAUAAUACUGUGGUUUUGCAUUACAAAUUCCUAUUGUAAAUGUUUCCCUUGAAGAAAUUUCGUUUCAAGAUGUGUUUUCACGACUCUCUGAAAGCUUUUUCGCGAAAAAGUGACGCUUUUUGGGUAACGAAUUUACUCGAAACGUGACGAAGAAACAAAGAGUUGGCACCUCGGAAGAUUUGAAUUCAAUUUUCUCUGGAUUGUCAGGGCCUCUGUCGACGUUUUCGCGUGUUUGGAAUUCUUGAUGACACUGGAAUCAGACGGAAACAUCGGAGAUCAAUCCGAGGACGACCUUUUAUUGAGAGUGUUUAAAAAUGAAACUAUGAACCACGGCUCCUUUCAGAAAAUGGAGAUCAUCUCCUUCUAUCUAUUUCUGAGGAGCAGGCUUUCUAGUUGAAAUUUGAAUCACCGGGUUUUCUUUAUAUAUGUUAUGAGAAAUGGGUUCAGAUUAUGAUUCCCACUUUAUCCGGAUAAUAAGUUCUUUUUUUAAAUGAGGAAAUUCUCUCAUAUCGCAAAAGCUCGGUUUCAGAGAAAAAAAGAAGUUUUAAUUCAAAAAAAUAGCUCUGACGCAGUACUAUUAAAUUUUUCUCAGGUAUUGACAGAAAAACCUUUUUGAAAAGUAAUAAUUUAUUCAUAGAUUAGAAAAACAUGAACCAACGUUUUUCCAAAACAUUCGUGGAGGUCUCAGUUACUUAAGUUUUCCCAUCAUUCAUGAAAAAAGGAAUUCGAAGCUUCCGUAUUUCGCUUCAAAGCUGCCAAUCUUUGUUUUUUCGACGCGCCUGACUUUGACGUCGAAAAGUUUUUUAUUUCAUCUUGAGAAAUAAAUUCAAAUUUCCACUUUUUUGUUUUGUUUUGAGCUGGGUGGAAUCGUGAGCGCGACAUAUUGUCAAAACUUUUUUUUAUGGCGAAAAGAAAGAAAUUUGAGCAGAAAGUUGUUUUCUCUGAAUGUUCCAUGAUUCAAAGUCUUUGAAUUAAAAAAGAUUGGAAAACACAAUUUUGGCCGAAGCCUUAUUUAUUACAAUGCGUCGUAAUUAAUUGUAUUUUUCUUUUCUGUUUACCGUUGAGACCCGUCAGAUUGAGAGAAAGUGGUCCUAUUUCUAGGGUUUUUGCUCUCUGAAAUCUGUUUCUCCAACUUAGGAGUCUGACUCAAAUGGUGUGUGAAGAUGUAGCGCAGAAAAAUUGAGCACUAUUUUUUUGUCAACAUAAAUAUUGGACUCAAUCUUUUUCGAUCCCCACAGAAUUAUUCAAAAGCUCCGUGUGGACGACAAACCCUCGGGCCGUUUGUAGAAUUAAUCCCAUACGCGUACACGUUUUUUCAAGUCUGAUGACUACAUCUAUGCAAAUUUCCAGAUGUUUAUGUCGCUGAAAGGGAAAAAAAAACUGGGGAAACGAGUAGUCCUCGGUAUUCCUGGGCCUUUUUGUUUGUCGCGAUAUUUUAUCAGUGGAAUUUCGGGUCGUCCGGAGUCAUCCUUGAAGAUUCCGUUCAGUAGUAUAGUCUGUUCAGAUUUUGAAUGUCAAGCAGCUAACUCCACCCCCAUGGCUACAAUAUCUUUCGCGUCAAUGUUUUAUCUACAGGGUGGCCAAUAAAUAUUGAAACGCGUUUGACAGAUGACGAUGGCCCUUUAAUAAGGCUGCAUUUUUGAAUUCUUUUUCUAACUUUUAGAUCAAAAAAGAUCAAAAUUAGUCCCGCGCGAUAAAAAAUCGACGCGAAAAGAUAACGUUUCAGCAGGGGCGGAGUUAGCUGGUUGACAUUCAAAAUCUGAACAGACUAUACAUUGUUUUUUAAAAGUUUCAUUAAUUUAGUGGCUCUAAAAGUGACUUGACAAUAUUUAUAAUUUGACAAACAAACUUUCUUUUUCAUAAUUUUUCCCACUGAGCAGCCAGGAUAUAGUCUGUUCAGAUUUUGAAUGUUAAGUAAAAUGACGUCAUCCGAAAAUGCUCUGUGGAUGGCUCGCUCUCUGAUUGGUUUAUCGCGGCAUUAGAGGCGGAGCUUGAGUAAAGAUUCAAAAUCUGAACGGAUUAUAUGCAGUAACUUGAAUGGAAAGGCUUCUCAAAAGAUUUUUUAAAACUAUUCGCUAUAUUAGAGAGACUAGCAUUCAGAUGAUUGAGAAACGAGCGCAGAAAAUGUCGUUGGACGAACUUCGGCGAGCCUUUGGACCAGAAACUGAGAAACGCUCUACCGACGUCCGUCUCAGCGACGACGCCAUCGAGAAAGUCGUCGAUCAUAACUUACUCUGGGACUUGGAAUCAACAAUUUCUCCAGAAUAUCUCAAACCUCUCUGCUGA